ACAAAACCAAAAAAAAUAUAUAAAUAUAAUUAUAAUAAACAUUGUUAUUUAAAAUCAAUAGAACUAAAGAAAAUUCUUAAAAUCAAAACUGUCGCCCACUGCCAAGCGAGACUUGCUGCGGCGAAUUUGCCACAAACACUGAUGACAGCUGUCAUUUUAAUGUUUUUUUUUUUUACCUACUAACGACACAAAGUAAAAACAAACUUCCACGAAAUGGACGAAAUGUAUAUAAAAAAAGAAAUUAAAGAAGAAAUUCCGGACGAAAUUCAGCCGAAUUCACAAGAAGAUAUUCCCCCUGAAACAAUGCUAUUAAAUCAUUUGAUAAAAUUGGAAGAAAAUGAUUUAAAUUAUGAAGAUUUGUAUAAUCAAGGAUGUUCAAGUUUGAAUAACGACUAUGCAUCGAAUGAAGAUGAGGAACCAGAAAGUGUGUAUGUUGACGAGGAGCCAGAAGUUUUCAUAGCAAAUUUUCCACAUGAUACGAAAGAGGUGAAUGAUCCACUUGCAUCCACUGAACAACAGGAAGAACCUGAACAACAACAGGAAGAACCUGGACACCAAGAGGCUGAAGUGAAACCAAAAUUCUGGUCAUCCGAUGUAAAGAUGCGAAAAGUGCGAGUCAUACGAACACCUCCGCUAAAGAAUUUAGUCAAAAAAACCUAUUCUUUACAGCAUCGAAUGGCCAGCAAAUCACAAAUUCGAACGUCUGGUUUACCUGGUACCUGUAAUAGUUGUCGUACUUGCAAAAAGUCCUUUGAAAGUGUAACCCAUUUGCGACAACAUGAACUUGCUUGCUUCAAAUGCAAACAUUGUAAUCUAAUAGUUAUAUCUCUAAAUUAUUUGGUACAUCACAUGGCAAAAUGUCGACGAAAAAUUGACACAAGCAAAUCGGUAUCGAAAGGUCGUUCAAAUGGUGGCUUAAACAAAAAAUCAUGUCACAUUUGCUACGCCAAAUGUACGAAUGAAGAAAUGGAAGAACAUCUAAAACGAAAUCACCUAAUUCCAAACGCGUACGCCUGUCACUUGUGCGAUUGCAAAUUCGACUCAGAAUUCGAGGCACAUCAGCAUUUAAAAAAGGCCCAUUAAUUAUAUUCGAUUAAAUUUAUAAAAAAUGAAUAAAUUUUGCUAGAAAAAAUCAUUUUCACGAAA